AUGUUAAAACUAACGCGAUUAUCGUUCGUAUUUCGGGCCCACUUUUCCACACAACUACGACAAGUUGCGGCAUCGAAUGGUCCAGUUCCGGUGGUAACGUGUAAACGGCAACAGUUUAAUCUGUAUCAGAACGAUGUACCUGCGAAACCGGAGCGGCUUAAAUUCGGUACCAUACCACUCGCUUCCGAUGGCUGGCGGCACAGGAUGUCGAAUGGCGACUAUUUCAUCAUCCACCCGGCCCAGACAGCCCACGAAGCGUACGGUUUGAGUGAACGAACUUUCCAACAGCUUGGAAUGUGCGACACGUUAGUGGACAACCUGAAACAGCAGCACAUUUUCUCCCCAACACACUACCAGGCGGAAGGUAUACAGGCGGUGUUUAACGGCGGCCACAUGUUGCUGGCGGCUGAAACAGGCUGUGGUAAAACCUACACCUACCUCUUGCCGGUGAUCGAGCAGAUGCUCCGAAGAAAGCUUCUCGAGAAGGAGCGUGAGUUUAACUCACCCAUCAUGUUAAUAAUUACACCGGGACGGGAACUGGCGCAACAGAUUGGUCGGGUGGCAGAGCAGCUAGGCGAAGGCCUGAACGUUAAAGUGCGGGUAGUGCUCGGUGGUCGUACGAAGCAACAAAUGUUAAAUCCAUCGUUCGAAGACAUCGACAUUUUGGUGGCGAGCUUCGGCGCAAUCAGUAAGCUGGUAACGAGCGGCAUCUAUCGCAUGGAGGCAGUCCGGUUCGUGGUUUUAGACGAGGCCGAUACGUUGCUCGACGACAGCUUCAAUGAGAAACUGCUACACUUAAUGCGAAGGUUUCCCUUUCACAAAAACCACCUACAGGACCUGGGUGAGCACAUUCAAGGCACUCAGUUGAUACUGGCCGCGGCAACGAUGCCGUCGAACAUGGACGAACUAUUGUCCAAGUUGGUAGAUAAAGCGACGAUCGAACAGGUUACCAGUCCGAAUCUGCACCGUUUGAUGGGGCACGUGACGCAACGGUUUAUGCGGGUGCGAAAAAUGGAUCGUCCCCAAAUCCUGCUCGAUCUGGUGCAACGGGAUGCGAAGCGCAACGUGCCGACAAUCAUUUUCAGCAACAAAACACCUGCCUGCGACUUUGUGUCACUGUUUCUCAACGACCAUGGCUGCCGGUGUGUGAAUCUGAAUGGCGACAUGAUGCUGAAACUGCGCUUAGGUCAGUUCGAAAAAUUCCAGCAGGCGGAGGUGAACGUCCUGUCGACGACGGAUGUCGCCAGUCGUGGUUUAAACACGAUCCGAGCGGCGCACGUAAUAAACUUCGAUUUCCCGCUCUACACGGCCGACUAUAUUCAUCGUGUCGGACGAAUCGGACGGAUUGGCAGCCGGAGCGACUGUCUGGUAACGAAUUUAAUCACAAGCCAGGCGGAGAUACUGGCCGUUCAACGGCUGGAGCACUCGGCGCGGACCACGAAUGUGUUGGGGAAUGUUGAUGCAAACGUGAAGGGCAUCAUUCGGAGAACCAUAGCAAAACAUCAUCCGCCAGGAGAUCCCAAUUUAAAAGCGUAG